UACUCAGGCAUUCAUAAUUUAAAUAAGCCUGGGAUCAUAAUUUCUCAUCUCCCCAACUAAAACCGGGGACGACUAAAAAUAAAAUAAAAAUCUAAAAAAAUUAAAAAAAAAAAUGAGAGCCUCAACAAGAGUCAUAUGGACAGUAUCUGUCCUUAUGCUAGCGGCUGUGUCGGAUGCCAUUUUCCCUCUACCAUUUCUUCCCUUCCUCCCUGGCUUCAACAACGGCAUUCACGACAACGAUGCUCUGAAGGUUGCUAAACCAGUGGCUACCGGUGGAAAAGCUGGAGGAAAAAGAAGAUCAGGCGGUGCUCCCGAAGCUCAGACAAACUGGCCUGGAAAGUGGGAGUUGUUCUUGGAAAACUCAGGUGUGUCAGCCAUGCAUGCAGGCCUGAUGCCACUCAUCAACCAGGUCCAAUUUUAUGACGCAACCAUCUGGAGAAUCUCAAAGAUUAAGCUUCCUCCGGGUGUUCCAUGCCACGUCGUCAAUGCCAAGACCAACAAGAUCGAUUGUUGGGCUCAUUCGGUUCUCAUUGAUGUCAACAACGGUGCCAUUAAGCCUCUAUCCCUUGCCACUGAUACAUGGUGCUCGUCUGGAGGUCUGACCGUCAACGGAACAAUGGUGAGCACUGGAGGAUAUGGAGGAGGAGCCAACACGGCGAGGUACCUAGCGGCUUGUCCAAACUGCCAAUGGCAUGAAUACCCUCAGGCUUUGGCUGCGAAGAGAUGGUACUCAACGCAAGCAACUCUCCCUGACGGAAAGUUUUUCAUUAUUGGAGGACGUGACGCCAUGAACUACGAGUACAUCCCAGAGGAAGGACAAAACAACAAGAAGAUCUACGACUCAUUGCUCCUUAAGCAAACAGACGACCCGGAAGAGAACAACCUCUACCCCUUCGUAUGGCUUAACACCGACGGUAACCUCUUCAUCUUCGCAAACAACAGAUCCAUCCUUCUUAGCCCCAAAACGAACCAAGUCAUCAAAGAGUUCCCUCAGCUCCCAGGUGGUUCCCGUAACUACCCUGGAUCAGGCUCCUCAGCACUCCUCCCCAUCCAUCUUUACAUGAAAAACCCUAAAGUCAUCCCUGCUGAGGUCCUCGUCUGCGGUGGAACCCGACACGACGCUUAUUACCGUGCCAGCAAGAAGGUAUUCGAACCAGCACUACAGGACUGCGCAAGGAUAAGAAUCAACAGCGCUAAGCCACGAUGGAAGAUAGAGACUAUGCCAACGCCACGAGUCAUGAGUGACACCGUCAUCCUCCCUAACGGAGACAUACUCCUAGUCAACGGAGGUAAACGUGGAUGUUCAGGAUGGGGCUAUGGUAAAGACCCUAACUUCGCUCCCACCUUGUACAAGCCUCGUGCCGCCCGGGGCAAGCGUUUCAGAGAGCUCGCAGCCACCAACAUCCCACGUAUGUACCACUCCAUCGCCAUCGCUAUCCCCGACGGUAAGGUUCUCGUCGCUGGAAGCAACACCAACGACGGUUACAAGUACAACGUUGAGUUCCCUACGGAGCUUCGCGUUGAGAAAUUCUCACCGCCUUACCUCGACCCGGCACUAGCCACCUUGAGGCCAAAGAUCGCCACGUCACCUAAACAGAUCAGAUAUGGACAGAACUUCAACGUGAAGGUCAACCUUAACCAAAAAGACGUGACCAAGCAGAGUCUCAAGCUUACCAUGUUAGCACCAUCCUUUACCACGCACAGUAUCUCCAUGAACAUGAGGAUGCUUCUGUUGGGUGUCGGUGGUGUUAACCCUGCUGGUGGCGCUUCUUUUGAAAUCCAGACGGUUGCACCGCCCAGUGGAAAUGUUGCACCGCCCGGUUAUUAUCUUCUCUUCGCCGUCUACAAAGGUGUUCCCAGCACUGGUGAAUGGAUUCAGAUCGUCUAAGGAUGAUUUUUUUUUAACCCAUUUUUCUGUAUGCCGUAACAUCUUUAUUAUGUAAAAGAAAAAUCUCGUAAUGUUAAGUUUUUUGGUACUUUUCUAUAAAAUUUGUAUAUGCCAUGAUUAAUGUAUCCAAAUUCCUUUGUGUGUUGAGUUUC